AUGGCUGGCCCCGAAUCAACCGACUCUGACACGGUGCAUCAACACCAACACCAACACCACCAUCACCAUCACCACCACCAGUCGAUUCCCGGCGAGAUUCCCAUUCCUCAUGGACCUCCCGGCGACCAUGACAGUGAUGAUUUCCCCAUUCAGCACGCUACCGCCGAUGAGCAGCGCAUUUUCAGCCAUGUAACUCGCCCCGAUGAUUCGUAUACACCUGAUGGCGUCUACUGGGCUGAUCUACCCUGGAUGCAGCGUGUCAAGUUUGUCAGUAAAGUUGACCGCGAAGCUGCUUCCAAGGAGCUGAGCACCAUUGGCUCCAUGAUGAAGUCAGAUCCCUUGUCUCCUGUUUCGUGGUAUUUCCGACAUGCCGUCAUUCCUGGUGCUGGUCUUGGCCUUGAAGGUUAUGUCUUGUUCUCAAUCGGCAACUUGGAACCUCUCUUCAAGAAGGUCUGGCCAGAGUGCUGGGACAAGCACGAAGUCUGCAGUAAGAACUGGAUUGCUAGUGUUACAUACCUUGAGAUUAUUGGUAUCAUGGUUGGCCAAGUUUUCGUCGGUGUCAUUGGUGAUUGGGUUGGUCGUCGCUGGGGUCUGAUCCAGGAUGCCAUCAUCAUGUUUGUUGGUCUCCUCAUGCUCACUGCUUCUUGGGGCUUGACCCUUCAAGGCUGGGUCAUUUGCUACGCCUGGUCUCUCUUCUUCUACUCCCUCGGUGUUGGUGGCGAGUAUCCAAUCACUGCCACCUCUUCACUUGAAAAUGCCGUCACCGCUGGCAAGAUGUCCACUAAGGAGGAUCGUCUCCAUCGUGGCCGCCGUGUCACUAUGGCCUUCUUGAUGCAGGGCUGGGGUCAGUUUGUGAACCAGGUUCUCCUCAUUGUUUUGUUGGUCAUCUUCAACAAGGGAAGCGGCGCUCCUCCUUAUACCACCUCGGCUGCCCAGUAUGCGUUCCGUCUUUCCUUCGCAUUCCCUGCUAUUGGCACUCUUUGGCUUGUGUACUACAGAACUUGGAAGAUGCCCAAUGCUUCCAAGCAGCUCUCUCAAGCUAAGAACCGAACCAACGUCACCGGCUACGAUGUCACUGCUCUGCGCUACUGCUUCACACACUUUGGUGGACGUCUGUUCGCCACUGCCGGCACUUGGUUCUGCAAUGACGUUUUCUUCUACGGUAACAAGCUUUUCCAGGGUCAGUUCAUCAAAGUCAUUUCCGAUAACCCCAACUCUCUCAUGACCAACUGGACCUGGAACUUGGUCAACAUCACCGUCUCGCUCGCUGGUUAUUAUGCCGCCUCUCUGCUCAUUGACAACAAGCUUUAUGGCCGCAAGCUCAUGCAGCAAGUUGGCUUUUUCAUGUGCUUCCUCAUGUUCGUCAUCCCUGCCUUCCGCUACAAGUACUACUCUAGUCCUGAAGGAAUUCACUCCUUCCAGGCCAUGUACUUCCUGUCUUCGUUCUUCAACCAGUUUGGCCCCAAUUCCGUCACGUUCCUCAUUGCUGGCGAAGUUUUCCCUACUCCGAUCCGUGCUACCGCCCAUGGUUUCUCCGCAUGCAUGGGCAAGGCCGGCGCUUUGCUUGCUUCUGUUCUGUACAACUACAUUGACGACCAGACCAAGUUCUACGUUGUCCCUUGGUUCGGCCUUGCAGGCAUGUUCCUCACCUGGCUUUACCUGCCGGACACCACUGGUCUGGAUCUUAAGGAACAGGAGCGCCGCUGGAGAUACAUUCGCGAUGGCAAAGCACACGAGUACCACGGUAUUGCCGUCCACCCUCAACAUCUGAGUCUGUGGGAACGCAUGUGCGGCCUUCACAAGACUUACGACCCAGAGGCCGACUGGAAGGCUAAGAUUGCUGAUAUGCGCGCCGAGUGGGAGACGGUUCAGGCUUCCCGCGGUCCUAAGGAAACCGAGGGAGACCAUGACCAUCACGGCAUGCCCGAAGAUGGCGAGUUCUCUCCAGAGAUUCACGCCUACUUCAAGCGCUCAAGCCCCAAUAACAUGACUAGCGGCUCGCAAGGCGUCCUUAGCGAAAAGAUAAGUGACGAAACAAAAUAA